UUAACGACUGAGCCACCCAGGCGCCCCGUGUAUUGUCUUUUUAAGGAAAGACUAAAACAGAACAUACAUAAUUUUCAGUUUUUACUUAUGUAUUCACUUAUUUAGAUUUUUAAAAACUUUUUUUUAUUGUUGUAAAUACCUGUAACAAAACUUACCUUAACCUGUUUUUUUUUAAGAUUUUAUUUAUUUAUUUAUUUAUUUAUUUGACAGAGAGAGCGCAAACAGGGGGAGAGGCUGGGAAGAAUCAGAGCAGGAAGCCUGAUGUGGAGCUCAAUCCCAGGACCCUGGGAUCAUGACCUGAGCCGAAGGCAGACACUUAACCGACUGAGCCACCCAGGCCCUAACCUGUUUUGUUGGGGUUUUUUUACGUUUAUUUAUUUUUUUUAGUAAUCUCUAUGCCCAAAGUGCGGGUCGAACUCAUGACCCCAAGAUCAAGAGUCGCACGCCCUUCCAACAGAGCGAACCAGGUGCCCCAAUCUUAACCAUUUUUUUUUUUUUAAGAUUUUAUUUAUUUAUUUGAGACAGAGAGAAUGAGAGAGACAGAGAGCACAUGAGAGGGGGGAAGGGUCAGAGGGAGAAGCAGGCUCCCUGCUGAGCCCAAUGCGGGACUCGAUCCCGGGACUCCGGGAUCAUGAGCUGAGCCGAAGGCAGUCGCUUAACCAACUGAGCCACCCAGGCGCCCCCAAUCUUAACCAUUUUUAAGUGUCCAGUUCGGUAGUAUCAGGUUCAGGUUUUAUUUUAAGGCUUAUGAUCUCAUCAAAUUAUAAUCACAUCAGGUUUCAGCAUGUGUCACAGGGCCUGGAGCUUCCGGACUCUAUUUCCACCUACUCCCAUCCCAUGCCACACUCUGUGCUCCUUCCGGCCCUUUCCUCAAAACCGCCAGGACCGAGCAAUGCUCCUCUUGACCCCUCACCCCAGGAGAAAGGACCAGGGUGGCAAACGUCCAGAGCCUUGGAGAUAGGCCUAAGCCUGAUUCUGGAUUCUUCCCAGAGGCCCUACUCUGUUGCUACCCACGCCUCGCCUUACAGAUGUCUUCCAACCAAAACUGAGGCCACAUGGUCUGAAGACAAAGAGAUGCCCACCCUGUCUCAUCUGCUUCCUCUCCUGACCCCUGUCUCUCCAGAUGCCUUCGACUCCUGAGCAGCCCUCUGGGCACACGGAGGGACUCCCUACAUCAGAGCUGGGUUCGUGGCCCCCACUGCCCUGCGGGCCCUGCAUCCCCAUCAUGCUGGCCCUGGCCUCCCUCUCUGCGCUCUUCCUCCUAACAACAGCCGUGUUGGCCGAACGCCUGUUCCGCCGCUCACAACACCCAGACCCCAGCACCCAUGCACCCACCCUGGUCUGGCGCCCCGGAGGAGAACUGUGGAUUGAGCCCAGGGGCACCCCCCGAGAGCGCUCCGAGGACUGGUACGGAUCUGCGGUCCCCUUGCUGAUGGACCAGGCCCCAGACCCCCCCAUCCCCGGGGGCACCUUGGAGGCCCACGCAACAGCCCCACCUGCCCCUUUAGCCCCACUCUCCCCGUUCGGCUCCUUGGUCCCCCGCACCCCACCCAGGGCCCCAGCCCGCAGCACCUUCUGGGGGCCCCAGGCCUUGGACGAGAGGCCCUGUGUCCCAGGCUUGGUGAGCUGGGCUGAGUCGGAACAGAGGCCAGAGGCCAACGUGUACUUGGGGAGCCCCCAGGCCCAGAGGCAGCGACUAGGAAGCCCUGAUCCUGAGUGGGGCCUCCAGCCUCGGGUCACCCUGGAGCAGAUCUCCGCUUUCUGGAAGCGUGAAGGUCGGACCAGCGUGGGGUUCUGAAUCCCCAGGGCCUGGAGGAUUGGCCUCCCAAAGACCCCUGAGGAAGGCCCUACCUCAGAGAGUCUCUCCGACGCCUUAAGGCCCUGAAGCUCCAGCCCAGGAACCCAAGCUGAUACUUGGGCCCCUGGGGAAGAAUGCCGCCCACCCGCCGCCAGCCUUUUACAUCUGGAUUUCAAUUCCCUGGAUCUGGGGCCAGGGGGGCUCCGUGUGGACAGAGCCGGUGCUCCAGAGGAAGCCCAGAGGUGCCUCUCUUUGGCUGCCCAGGCCUGCGGCACAGAGAAUUGGGGAUGGGGCCGACUCUGGGCCAGAAGCCACCAAAAUCACGUUGCAGAUUAAGAUCUCAAGGUACCAGAGAGGCAGAAAAUAGCAUCAUCACUGAGGCUUCCACCUUCCUUGUGCACCUAAGAUGCUGGGAUCCGAGUGCGGGGGUCCCGUGGAUGCUGAAGAACAGGCUGAGUGUGGAUGACGAAGGUCAGUCCCGCCAGCAGGAGGGGACAGGAAGCCAGCCUCCCAGAGCCACAGAUCAUGCCUCCAGGAAAAUACACACAGAGGUCAAGACCAGGCAAAGGAGCGUCUUAUUACACCUCAACUGUGGCUUUGACCCCCAACUUGCAAUAGGGACUUGGUCAGCCAAACUGGAGAGGCCCCUUCCUUGCCUACAGCUGGGACCUCACGUCAAUGGCAGGCAGCCCUCCGACUCUGACCCCCUGCAGGGGGAGGGAGGCCAGCCAAGGAGAUGUGAGUUUGAUCCAAUACGGAAAGGAACACUGUCCCAGGGCAGAGCGGCUCCUAAUAUGCGGCCUCUGGCCACCUUCCCUCCCAGCUUGCUGGAUCAGUCCAGAGAGACAGAUUUGCCGCAAGGCAGGCUUAUUCAUAAAGCUCCAUCCUGAAGAAAUGGAGCCCAGAGAUGUCCUUGGCCCUAGAGCUAUCUGUCUGAGCUGAUCUCCUCUCUGGGAGAGGAGCUAGGAGCUGGGAAGAGGGGAAGGGGUUUCCGUUCCCAGGGGUCCGACUUCCCCAACUUCACUCAUGAAUGUUAGGAUUUUUGUCGGACCACUUUACCACCCCUGUACUAUUCUUUACUUUAUAUUUUUCUUUAAGAUGAUGUACUGUUUGCUUAAUAAAUUUAUUUUAAA